GGCGAGAAAAGCCGAGGCAAAACACCCAUAAGCCCAGUUGUGUAUAGACCCGGACGAGAGGCCGUAGGGCUCUACUCGCUUGUGCUGUGUGUGGACGUGUGGUAGAUAAAACUGUAGGCAGUAGUAGUGAAAGAAAACAGGAGAUAAAAACUGACAGGAUGAUGGUGGCGAGUGCCUCCGGAUGUAGAUUCUUCCUGAGAUGUGUCGCAUAAUUACACGAUACAUAUUGUUACAUCGAGGAGAGGCGGUCAGCUGUGACGUGAAGGAGCAAGUGAGUGAAGUCAAAAAACAGUGGUGAUUUUUUAUUUCAUGAUUUUCGGCUAAUCCUUUCGGAGCACUGGGAUACACUCCACGAUGGCGUGAAUCUGUGUUUUUCUUUCAAUUCAUAAUAAAUAAAUAUUAUUUCCCCGCUGCAUUCAACUCUCAUUUCAGAGCAGUGUAGUCAUCGUAAACUAUAAUAGUUGUUGGUUGUGGAGCAAUACAGUGGUGCUUGUGAAACGUAAAGUGAUACUACUCUUAAAAUCAUAUCUCGGAUUUUUUUUUCUUAAUUGGAGUACAAAUAUAUUGGAGUGAAAAGUGAGUGAGUGCUCCGUUUGUCAAUCGUGGUUGAAUUUUAAUUCUGUUACGGUUUUUGUUUUUUGUGCCAGUUGUAUACUAUUUUUAUUGUCAUUUCGGAUGCAAGAAUAGGAUCCACACAGAGUGUCGGGGAAUAUGGUUACGAUGCCAAGUGAUACGUGCGGAUACGUCCUUUUCCUCCUGCUUCUCGUCCCGUACAUCGAGAGUGCUCGCCGACUGAACGAAUAUAUACGACAUUAUGAGCCUCUCUCAUAUUCAACUGACGAGCUGCAUCGGCAUCACUUGAGAGCCAAAAGAUCAGUAGCACGUGACAAUGCAGUUAAUUUAAAAUUUCACGCACACGGAAAGGACUUUCACAUACGACUUAAAAGAGACUUGAGUACAUUCAGUAAUAAUCUUGUAAUUGAGGGUCCAUCUGGUGAGGUUGAGGACCUAGAUACAUCACAUAUUUAUGAGGGUCACUUACUUGGUGAACCAAAUAGUCAAGUCUUUGGUAGUAUAAGUGACGGUGUUUUUCAUGGUCAUAUAAGAUCCCCGCGCCAUGGUGUAUGGUUUGUGGAGCGGGCACACUACUACUUCCCGCCGCAAGCCAUUAAUGAGUCCCACCACUCUGUCAUCUACCACGAGAAUGACGUCGUCGAUCCUUUUGCAGACAAACGAGAGGGUGGUGCCAGUGGUUGUGGCAUCACGGACAAGGUGGCGGAAUGGAUGGACAGGGUUCAGAAUUCGGGUGAACCUGAUGUACCUCCACCACCAUCAACAAUGGAUUCAACAUCAGGGCACUUGAUGGGAGAGAGAUCGAAGGAGGCACGCUGGAGUGGGAAACCAGAAACGCCCGGUCACAAGUACACAAGAGAGGCGAAUAGAGAAAUGGAUGAGCAGCAACACAGAAGGAGUCGAAGGGCAACAAGUCCACAGGAGGACAAACGUAACACCUGUGCACUGUCUAUUCGAACGGAUCCCUUUAUCUGGCGACACAUUUCCGAUCAUCUUCAACGAGAUCCGGAGAAAACCAGAGAAGAAAUCCUAUCUUUGAUAGCACAUCAUGUAACAGCAGUGAAUUACAUAUACCGAGACACUCGGUUCGAUGGAAAAAUACCGCACAGAAAUAUAAAGUUUGAAGUCCAGAGGAUAAAAAUUGAUAACGAUACUGCCUGCUCUCAUCCAUCAGAUCCAAAUUCCAAUGUAUUCUGUCGGGAUAAUAUCGACGUUUCCAAUUUUCUCAAUCAACACUCAUUGGGAAAUCACGAAGACUUUUGUUUGGCUUAUGUAUUCACAUACAGAGACUUCACAGGAGGCACCCUUGGACUCGCCUGGGUGGCAUCAGCUUCCGGUGCAUCUGGUGGCAUAUGUGAAAAAUACAAAACAUACACUGAAACAGUAGAGGGAAUGUAUCAGUCGACAAAGAGGUCUUUGAAUACUGGAAUCAUUACAUUUGUAAAUUAUAAUACACGCGUACCACCGAAAGUUUCGCAACUGACGCUUGCACACGAAAUUGGACAUAACUUUGGUUCACCCCACGAUUUUCCCCCUGAAUGUCGACCCGGUGGACUACAUGGUAAUUAUAUCAUGUUUGCAUCAGCCACCAGUGGUGAUCGACCCAAUAAUAGUAAAUUUUCAAAGUGCAGUAUCAGUAAUAUAAGCAAUGUUCUCGAUGCAAUGGUGGACAAUAAGAAACGCAACUGUUUUGGCACCUCCGAGGGCGCAUUCUGUGGCAAUAAAAUUGUCGAGGCUGGGGAGGAGUGUGACUGUGGAUAUGAUUAUGUAGAGUGUGUGGACAAGUGUUGCUACCCUAGGCAACCUACUGACACCUCAGAUAAACCUAUGAACCAUAAUGACACCUCUAAGAGAUGUCAGAGACGCGCUGGAGCCCAGUGCAGUCCCAGCCAGGGGCCCUGUUGCUCCAGUGACACUUGUCAAUUUGUCCCAGCGUCGGCGAGAGUGCAGUGCAAAGCUGAAUCAGAUUGCAGUUAUGAUUCAAUGUGCAAUGGAAGUUCAGCCGAGUGCCCGCCAUCGUUACCCCGGGCGAAUAAGACGAGGUGUAAUGAGGGAACACAGUUAUGUAUCGAUGGUGAAUGUACAGGAUCAAUAUGUCUGGAAUGGAAUAUGACAGAAUGUUUUUUGACAAGCAACAUUAUUCCCAAUAUCGACAAGAGAACUUUAUGUGAAUUAGCGUGUCAAAAUGGUACCGACGCGUCAACCUGUCGCAGUACAAGUGAAUUUGCACACAUUGUGGGCCUGCCAAAGGGGGGAAUUAGCUUAAGACCAGGUUCUCCAUGUGACAAUUUCCAAGGUUAUUGUGACGUAUUUCUCAAGUGCCGUGCUGUAGAUGCUGAGGGACCUCUGGCGAAAUUGAAAAAUUUAUUAUUCAAUAAAGAGACCUUGUUGACAGUGGCACAGUGGGUUACCGAGUACUGGUGGGCGGUUUUAUUAAUGGGUAUUGCGUUUAUUAUAUUCAUGGGGCUAUUCAUCAAAUGCUGUGCGGUUCAUACGCCCUCGAGCAAUCCAAAGAAACCACCAGCGAGACGAAUCAGUGAUACUUUGAGGAGGCCUAUGAAUACUCUUCGAAGAAUGCGUCAUCCCCACGGUGGCCAUCCCCCAGGCCCAAGGAGCAUUCCUCCCCCAGCGCAGGGACGCAGCCAUGGGAGUCGUGGUCCCUCGCACGGCUAUGGAGAAGGCCGAGGUGCUCAAUACUAUCCAAAAGGAUAUCGCUCGGUUCCCACAGCUAGUGCACCCGCAAGCGGCUCAUCAAGCCACAGUCGUUCCAAUCACCCAGAAUUGUACGCCGGCGCCUAUUCGGGCUCCGGGGGAGGGGGGAGGGGCCCAGCCUACGAGAUGAGACACCACAACAACAAGGUGUGAUCAGCUUUACCAGCGUCAAGUCUUUAACAGUAGGAAUUAUCAAAUUUAGUCAACGGAAAUUUACCCACAAUGGUAAAUUCAUGUGAAAUGAUAAACGAACGAUAACAGAAGUGAUAUCUGAACCUCGAAAAUGAUAUGGGCCGUAGAUUGACAAUGAGAAAAAAAACAAAUGUUUAAAUAAUUUCUCGUGAUUUCUUCCUGUAGUAGAGGAUGUGAUGCGUAAGUGUCAUGAUGUGUCAAGGGCCCGCGAUAAAGACUUAUAGAAUGGAAUUCUUGGUGUUACGAACAAAAUAGGUAUUAUUAAGAGAACAAAAAAAUAAUAAUGAAAAAAAAAUCAAUGGAGAUUGCCACUCUUUUUCCUGAAGUCUCUAAUGAUAUGGCCACUAGGUCAAGCUAGCAGCUGAUUAAAUCACCGAAAAUCUUCGUGUAAUCUAGUUGAAAUACAGUUUCGAUAGAGUAAUCCUGGGCAUAUCUAAUAAUUGAUUAUCAAAUUGUAUUGAUUAGAUUAAAUUUUCUAGGAUUAAUUGGUUUGUAAUGGAUAGGAGGAAUAUUUCUAUUAUGUGCAAAGAUUAACAAGACAAGCUGAAUAUUUUUUCUUCACCAUGACGAUAUUUUUCCGGUGAUAAAAAUGACGUUGAAACGUUACCAAAACAUUGUCACAGGUCAUUCAAUUGAUCUCCAUACAAUUGUAGUAAAUAGUAGUUACAUGAUAUGUAUUAUUCUUAUAUAAUAAUUUUUAUUAGAUAAAUUAUAUGAGUAAUCGGUAAUGGAAAUAAUGCCUCCUCGAAUGAAAUAAUUUAUAGCUGAUGAAGAAAAUACUAGUGUAUAUUCGAUUAUAUAACGAUUAAUAGUUAGCAACUGUCAUUGAUUUUUACCUACAUUAAUAUCGGUUGAAUAUUGAAGUUCAUAAUUUAUAUGACUUUUUAUUAAUUCGAAUGGGAAUUUUCUCGUUUUGUUGUUUUUUUUCACAGCGAGUAAAUUAUUUCAAUGUAUAAAGAAGGAUUUAUAAAUACAUAUAAAUAUAGUAGGGCGCUUUAAGCGAAGGUCAUGGUGGACCAAAGAAUUAAAUUAUCGUAAAUUCUGUCUGGCUGGAAUCGUAUGAAAAUAUUCGUUCUUCUUCCGACAAUUUUUAGAAUCAUUUUCUAUUAUUGAAUUCGCUGAUGUUGAGAUAUUUUAGUAAAAUAUCACAACAAAGUGAAUAUAGCAAAUGAUGCAUAUACUUGAUAAGGCUGAUUAUAUACUCUCAAUUUUAGAUGUUUAGAGUUUCUACAUUCCAGGCCAAGGUUCUACAAUAAUAAUUCAUUAAAAUAAUUCUUUUGCUACAUUUAUUUUCAAGGUACUGUAUUUAUUACAACGGAAGAGACGAGCCAUUUAGAUUCUGAUCACAACAAUUGACAUUAAUUAAAAUAAGUAUAAUCAUCAAUGAUGGCAGAAUUGAAUUUCAAUGGCAAGCUGAUGUUACUUGAUUCAAUAUUUAUUGUCGUGUUUCUUUAGUUGCAGUUGAGAAUGAAAAAUUCCUGUGGCCAUGCCAAAAAUAAUUUAAACAAAAUCAAUAUUGCAAUGUAACCAACAACUGAGGAUGAUUGUGGGUCAAAUGACAAUGUAUUAUAGAUACAAUGUGAUUAAAAUGAUAGAAGAGGUGAAUUAUGACAUAACAGAUGUAUAACAUGACAUGAAAGAUGACAGUAGAAAAUGAAGACUCAAAAAAUAAAGAUUAACAAGCAAAAACUGUGGAGAUAAUAGCGUAGUGUAUGUGUGUGUGUGAAAGUGUGAGCCAUAGAAAGAAAUGCAAGAAUGAUGAGGGGAAAAAAAUUUGUAAAUAUAUUGAUAUUAUAUAUAAAUCGUAACUAUAAACGUAACAUUACGACGAGAUGAAAAUGAGCAAAAAAAAUUGAUUGUUUUUAUAUCAGAAACUCUGUAUGAUAGCGGAAUAAUUCUGUAUUUUGUAAUUGGUACUCUGGAUGAGAUUAAUCAUUCCACAUUCAUGUAACAUUUUUCUAUGUGCACAAAAAGGAAAGAAUGUGGAAUGUAAAAUUUAAUUUUCAAGGUGACACCUUAAUGAAUAAAGGCUUUCAUCAAUAGGUGAAUGUCGAUUUUUCAACUUGUCAAGUAAGUUUUACUUGAUGAGGAUUUUAUCUAAGCCUGCGGCUAAGGUGCAUCAAGCUGUAUAAAUGUUCAAACAACUAACGGUAGCAUAACGAGAGCUUUAUCAAAAGAAUGUUUGGAUUGAUUCAUAAAUAAUUUAAUUGGUUUUUUUCCGUCAUGUAUUAUUUUUUUGGAACAAAUUUAUUAUACUGCCAUUUUCUUCAUCAGUGAUUGUACCACAGAAUGAAAGAUUUCAAAGAGAGAAAUAGAAAAAAAAAAGCGAAUUAUUUGCUGAGAGCAAUGAAGGACUCACUGCCAAGCUAGUUCACCAUCUUUCAGCCUUCUAAUAAUGGUCACAAAUUGACAAUUUAUUACUGCUUCCAGUUCACUGCCAAAGGAUUCGUAACUGUGGCAUAUCCGUAAUUUAUUGAAAAAAUGCGCAACAAUAGGAACUUAUUCUUUUCAAUUUUCUGAAUUUUUCUUUUCGCUUUUAUCAAAGAAGAAAUAUGUUGGAAAAUAAAUGGGUAUAAGCUCUCGUUGGUAGUUGAAUAAUAUUGCUUGCAUGUGUGAGAGUAAAGCAAAGUGUGCGAUGAUACGCGUGAAAAACGAGUAAAAUAUUUAAAUUUCCUCCAAUUAUUUUUUGCCCCUGAAAAAUCCCCUUCAACAGGCUAUCUCUAUUAAAAAAAAUCCCCCUUCAGUGCUUAAAGGCUUCGUUUCAAUCGUGAUACGAUGCAUUUAUAUCUAUCACCUGUACAUAUAACGUCAAAGGAAGAAACAAAUGUGGGAAGGAGAGAAAUUAACAAAUUUUAAAUUAUAUUUUUUCUAUCAAUCCAAAAAAAGGACAUACUUAAAAAAGAUGAAUGGAUACGAAUGGGAAAAGUGUAAAAAAUGUAAUGGAUUUAUUGACAUUGUGCAUCCGAUUUCAGUUUCAAUUGAUUUUUAUCCUCUCUGACAAUUGAAAGAGUUGAUAUUAAUUUGGCUGUUUCUGUACAGAAAUCAUUAACGAAUAUAUAUACUUGAGAAACAGUUGCUUGGAUAUCAUGAAACACCAAGUGGCCUUUGCUUUCUUUCAUACGUUGAAUCUUCCCUCUCUUUCUGUUCCUAAAAUCUUCGUCGAAAUAAACUCAUUAUUUUAUCAAGCAUGAAAUAGUAAUGACCAAUUGUCUCGACGUAGUGUCUGAAACUCUUUCCCUUUUACUCGAUUAAAUGAACAAAGAAAUACACAAAAUAUUUAGGGCAGGAUGUGUUUUAUGACUAUUUAAUCAUUGAAGAUGAACAAAAAACACUAUGAUUGUAAAUCUCUUUUGUGCUACGUUAAUGUGAUUACUGAUUAAACAAAAAAAAAAAAAGAAAAAAAGAAAAAAAACAUUG